AUGUGUCUCAAGAUACCAGGCAGGAAAACAAAGGACCCACAAAUUAUUCAUGUUGUGGGCCAAUUGGUAGAUAUUAUGUUGGGAAAAGUUAUGAUUCCUAAGUAUUUUGAUCUUGGUAGUCCAGUGGUAGAUAUAACCAUUAAUGGGGUUUUGGUUAAAAAUGCUCUCAUAGAUUUGGGAGCUGCUAUAAAUACAAUGACCAAAAGCCUGAUGCAGAAUUUGAAUAUCACCACUCUCAGACAUACCCCUACUAUGUUACAACUAGCUGACAGUUCUACAGUCACACCGAAUGGGGCUGUUGAAGACCUUAUUGUGACUUUAGAUUCUUGGGAAUAUCCAACAGACUUUAUGAUUCUAUAUCCUAAAGCCACUUUGGGGGGAUAUCCUAUUAUACUAGAAAGACCAUGGCUAGCUAAUGCAGAUGCUUUUAUAGGAUGUAGGUCUGAAUAUAUGACCAUUUCAAAUGGUAAUACCACAAAGAAGCUUGUUAUUUUUCCACCAGCUAAGCCUAAUAAAGAGAAUGAUAUUGCAGUAUGGCCUAACUUGGGUGAUGAUGUUGAAGAAGUUAAUUCACUCUAA